UAGAAGGUGAAAAUCCUUCCCAACAAUCAUGGAACCUCAAGCGCAAGAACGUGGCAGUACAAGUGCUUGGUUUGACUAGAAGCGCUUGGCUCGCCCUGGGACUGGGUAGCCAUUAUAUAGAAUGGGGCUUGGUAACACCGAGACGCCUGUUGUAAAACAAAUGUGGCAGCCCGGUGGUUUUGAAUAGACGUAAGCUAGCUUGUUAGAAACCUUGUGACUAAUGGCUAGCUAGGGUGAGCACAGUAUGAACGCUAUAGCUAAGGUGCACAGUAGUAGCCGAAGGGAACUGCGUGGGAGAGGUGUUCAACUUUGAGCUGGUAUUCUCUCACGGCCGUAGAGCAGCGAGGCUAAAAUGGUCGGUCUAGUCAACACAAAUGAGUGAACAUAGGUUAAAAUAAACAAGAGAAGGGAGCUAGCAAUAGUGCCAUCUGUGCAGGUAGAAUGCUAGUGUGGUUACCUUGCCGUCCAGCGAGCUAGCCAAGUUAGCUUAUGCUUAGCAGCAUGGGCUAACCAGGUCUUGAUAGCUAGCCAUGUGAUGCUAGCUACCACUGGUGACUGAAAAGUUGAAAACUAAUUCUAGUGACUGAAAAGUUGAAAACUAAUUCUACAUUCCUUUCGGUCAGUACUCAACACUAUCGACAGGAGCUGAGGUCCUAUGUUUGGCAUUGUUAACGUAAACGGUUUGCAUGUGAACAGUUAAGACAGGGAUCAGAGAGCUUCAGGAGCGUAGUGAUCUUCACAAAGAAGAGAGCAAGGAUGACCAGAGGAUGGGAUGAGUGGCUCUUGUAAAGAGGGAGGGGCUUACUUCAUUCGCCACUUGACCGGUCUGUCUCCGAAAGACGUUGUGUGAUUGGUACUUCCUAUUGGUGAUCCACCUCCAGGGAAUCCCAUUGUGAUACAUCUAAAGGAGUAGUUGAAAGAGAACCAAUACACACAGUUUGAGUUGACUACCCUGAAUGUGUGGUUCAGGCUGUGGGUUUGACUCUUGCAUGCGCCACCUUAAUAUACUGCACAGUAUAUGACUGUAAGUCAUCAUUGGGAUCAUGACUAAAGUUUGAAUGUCAUACUGUUUCUUUCUUUCAGUGAGCCAAAAUAAUAUUUCUGACUGCAUAUACAUCUGUGUAAUGGCAGGUAAAUCAGAUAAAUACCUGUCUCAACUCUGGGAAGUUGACUCCAUCAUGCCUCUGUUCAAUCAGACCAUUACAGAAAGCGCACAUAAAGGUAACCAUUCUGUCAAUUUUCAUCUGUCCCUAACCAGUAGAGUCCACUCCACUGAACUUGUAUCUUCCACAGCCUCAGAAAUUACCUCUACAGCUCCACUGACCACAACCAGUAGAACCAGAAACACAUCCUUCUUGACCUCAACAAGAGCUCAACCCAACACAACCACACCCUCACCGACUACAAAGACUAGAACCAGUACUACAGGCCGACCGACCUCAAUAUCAGUUCCUCAUACCACUACAAGCAGAACUACAGUCCUACCGACCCCAACUACAGCCCUUCCGAUCACAAUCACAGCCCAACCAACCAUAACUAAAGCACCACCGUCCACAACCACAGCCCAACAAAGUAGAUCUACAGCCCUACAAACCACAACCCAAUCAACCACAGCCCGACCAACCACAUCUACAGCCCUACCAACCACAGCCCAACCAACUACAGCUUUACCAAUCCCAGCCCUACUGCCUACAACCACAGCCCAACCAACCACAACUACAGCCCUACCAAUCACGACCACAGCCACGCCAACUGCAGCUCAACCAAUUCCAACCUCAGUGCAACCGACCAAAGUCCCAUCAUCCACAACCACAGACCAACUGACCACAACAGCUCAACUGACUACAACCACACCACAACUGACCACAGUCCAAGUGACGACAACCACAACCACAACCCAACUGACCACAACCACAGACCAACCAACCACAGCCUUGCCACCCACAAUCAGAUUCCGAAUGACGACAACCCCAAGUUCGAAUUUCUAUAACCACAGCCCCAUCAACCAUAACCACAAUCCCGAUAACCUCAACCACAGCACAACCGACCACAGACCCACCAGCCACAGGCCAAGCUAUUACAACCACACCACAAUUGCCCACAGCCCAACUAACUACAACCACAGCCCCAUGGACCAUUACCAAUAUAACCACAACCGCAACCAGAGUGAUCACCAAAGCACCCAUCACAGAGAAACCAGGCUGCCCAUGGAGAAGGCCUGGCUUGACCAAAAUAGAAGAGCGGAGUGACAACUCCCUUACUAGCAGCACCACCACCACUGUGAGUGCUCACAAGCUACAGCCCUGCGUACUCGAGCUCUGCAAGUUCUUCUCCCAGUGCCUCUGCCACUCCUACAGCUACAAGACUCACAUGAAGAGGUAUUGUGCUGAUAGUCACCUGUGGUAUGAGAAACAUACCUUUGAGGUGUGUAGACGGGUCAGAAGAGUCUCUUUCUCCAGAAAUCUAAAACAGAGGUGCCUUGCAAGAAUGUGCAACAAACUCUGGCCAGAGUGGAAAAGAGACAGAGAGAGCGGGAUAUACUGAAGUUGGAGAGGAGACUACACAGGAAGAACCACUGAAGUAUGCACAUUCUGAUGUAACUUUUUUAAUUGCACAGUGUUUUUUUCAGAAUCCAAUAAAUUGAAAAUGUUUCCUUUCGAA